GAGGUAAGAGCUUCCGAGAAAGGAGGAGAGCCUUUCGAGAACAGGCUAGCGAUUUCCACAAGGGGCGGGCCCCUAGACAGGGACCAAGGGGACUGAAACCAGCGCGGACCAAUCAGGCCGCCGGGGGCGGGUCCUCUGCGGGAAAGUGGGCGUGGUCUAGAGGGGAAAUCACCCGAACGCACCGGAGGUCCGAGCCCGGGAAAACGCCCUCUGCGGUGAGGGAAAGGCCACGUCGUCAUGCCUUCCUCCGGGCCCCGCGCAGUCCUUCUCCUGCUACCGCUGCUGCUGCUGCGCGCUGUUCUGGCGGUGCCCCUGGAGCGGGGGACGCCCCAGCAGGAGAGCCCUGCGACCGAGAGCCCCGACACAGGCCUCUACUACCAUCGGUAUCUCCAGGAAGUCAUCAAUGUGCUGGAGACAGAUGGGCAUUUCCGCGAGAAGCUGCAGGCUGCCAACGCCGAGGAUAUCAAGAGUGGAAAGCUGAGCCGGGAGCUGGACUUUGUCAGCCAUCAUGUCCGCACCAAGCUGGACGAGCUGAAGCGGCAAGAGGUGUCCCGGCUGCGGAUGCUCCUCAAGGCCAAGAUGGACGCCGAGCAGGAGCCCAAUGUACAGUUGGAUCACUUGAGCCUCCUGAAGCAGUUUGAACACCUGGACCCUCAGAAUCAGCACACAUUCGAGGCUCGGGACCUAGAGCUGCUGAUCCAGACGGCUACCCGAGACCUUGCCCAGUAUGAUGCAGCCCAUCACGAAGAGUUCAAACGCUACGAGAUGCUCAAGGAACAUGAGAGACGCCGUUAUCUGGAGUCACUGGGAGAGGAACAGCGAAAGGAGGCAGAGAGGGAGCUGGUGGAGCAACAGCGCCGGCACCGAGAGCAUCCCAAAGUCAACGUACCUGGCAGCCAAGCCCAGUUGAAGGAGGUGUGGGAGGAGCUGGAUGGAUUGGACCCCAACAGGUUUAACCCCAAGACCUUCUUCAUAUUGCAUGAUAUCAACAGUGAUGGUGUCUUGGAUGAGCAGGAGCUGGAGGCCCUCUUCACCAAGGAGCUGGAGAAGGUGUAUGACCCGAAGAAUGAAGAAGAUGACAUGAGGGAAAUGGAGGAGGAGCGGCUUCGCAUGAGGGAGCACGUGAUGAAGAACGUGGACACCAACCAGGACCGCCUCGUGACCCUGGAGGAGUUCCUCGCAUCCACCCAGAGGAAGGAAUUCGGGGACACCGGGGAAGGCUGGGAGACAGUGGAGAUGCACCCUGCCUACACAGAGGAGGAACUAAGGCGUUUUGAGGAGGAGCUGGCCGCCCGGGAGGCAGAGCUGAAUGCCAAGGCUCAGCGCCUCAGCCAGGAGACAGAGGCUCUAGGGCGCUCCCAGGGCCGCCUGGAGGCCCAGAAGAGAGAGCUGCAGCAGGCCGUUCUGCAAAUGGAACAAAGGAAACAGGAGCAGCAAAGCCAGAACGGCCCAGCCCCUGGCCCUGAGGGACAGCUCAAGUUCAGCCAGGACACAGAUGAUGCUCCUGUCCCAGCGCCGGCCGGUGACCAGAAGGAUGUAGACCCUUCAGAAAAGAAGGUUCCCGAUCAGCCCCCCGAGCUGCCCCGGUUGGAUACCCAGCACCUGUGAUCCUCCUGGGACUCCUCCCCACCCCCCACCCCACCCCCCAAGACACUCUGGGUUCCUACUGAGGCAGCUGAUGCGAGGGAGAUGAGGAGUCUCAGUCCACCCCCCCCGGGGGCCAGCAAUAUGCCGGUGGCCUACGGGGGGAGGGGAGGGGAGGGUGGCAUGUGACACGAUGCCUCCUGAGCCCGCAUCUCUCAGCGUGUUUCACCUCCUCCUUCACAGCCUCCCAGUCUGCGGCCCCUUCUUGCCCAUCCCCUCCAAGGACCUACCUUCUCAGCUCUGCCCGGGGCCCUCACUGGGUCACCCCAACUUAGAGAAGCCCCCUCCCUCCCGGGAAGGGUCUGCUGCUUCGUGCCUGCCUCCCUAGAUGGUAAGGCCUCAGCUGCCCAGGUUGUGGCCACUCUGGCUGGCACCCUGCAUCCCCACAGCUGCUAGAAUUCUGCCUGCUGCCCAGUUUGGGUGGUCCCUCGAGAGAUUUCCCUCCCUUCCGUGGGACCACCAAUGCCUCAAAGGCGGCGUCUUCCCCUGGGCUGGGUGUGAAGGCUAGCAGAGUCCCAAGCAGGGCCGAUUAGCUCUGAUAACUAGCAACCCUGGCUUCCAGCCACCUCCACCUCCACCCUGACUGCUUGGCUCCUCGCCCCUUCCCCCCACAGCCCCAGAAGGGCCCUGGAGCCAACCCUGCCCCAGGAUCAGGUUCCAGCCCCUCCCUCGGCCUCAUGUGGGAGGCCUCGCCCCCUCCCCUUUCUGGCCUUAUCUCCUACAGCUCCCAAUUCUGCUCUAUCCUCCGGUUCCAUCCAAAUACACUUUCUGGAACAAUGUA